AUGGAUGGUUGUAGCGACGGUCGUGGCGACGCCUGCGACGAGUCUCCUGCUGGUGACGGGGCGCCAGUGGUAGCUGUUAUCGUUAUCUGUCUCGCCGUCGCGUUAUCAUCCUCGCAACCGUCCAUGGGAGUGCGAACAGCCAUGGUUGUUCUAGUAGCGGCUCUCGUGCUCAGACUGGUUGUGCGCCGACUCUUUUCACUAGGCGUCAAGCAUCAAGUGACGGUGAUGAUUGUGGAGGGCCUGGGAGUGCAAAUAGAGGUGGCGCAGGUGACCACCAACACCCGUGGAAAAACACCCCACUCAUUCGACUCCUCUAGUCACGGCGGCAGCAGCAACGCCAGCAGCCGUGCAAUGAUGGAAAGUCAACCACGCGUGGUGCAUCGGCAGCUGGUGCCGUUAAACACCAUAGCUGCGGCGGUCAUAACUGAGAUUGUCACUCCCACCAGCUGCCACUUCGCCCUCGUGCUGCUCCUUGCUGACUCCGACCAGCCUCUCCCUGUGUUUCGGCUUCUCAAGCCCCCACUGCCAGUGCUAGUUGGCAUUCGGAGAGCCAUUGAGAGCUGCCUAACGUCCUGA